AUGAAUAGCUUGCAAUACCAGCUGCUUGGUAGCAACGACAAUAAUAAGUGCUCCGUGUUUGAAGGAGCAUCUAAAAUAAACUUCGCAUUUCUGGUAUUAAUAACCAUAGGGAUUAUCAUCAGUUACUUACCACAAUAUCGUCGUAUUUAUAUCAAGAAGACAUCCGAAGGGUUAUCGACAAACUUCUUGUUUUUGGGUUCAUGCUCAUCGAUUUUCACUCUUACAAAUAUUAUUCUUGUUAGCUCUAAAGCUAGACAUUGUUGCUAUAUAGGUGCAUUGAACUUUUUCAACUGCCUCAACUCCCAGUUAAACUUAAUUCAAAUUGGAAUACAAUGCACGUGUGCUAUUUUGAUACUAGUUGUUGUCCUUCUUCAAACAAGAUAUUCGAUAAAGCAGGAUAAGGAAGAAUAUGCAAAAAUUGUGACUGUGGGGAAGUUCGUAGCACUACAUGGAAUUAUAUCGAUAAUCGAAGUAUUUACCGGAUUGUUUACCAAUCACACUCUUUUAAUCACAAUUGCCCAAAUCAAUGGUUUACUCUCGGCACUAUUAACCAUGAUGAAGUAUGUACCCCAAAUUACCACCACUUACAGACUUAAACAUCCGGGCACGUUGUCUAUAGGCAUGAUGUGCAUUCAAACGCCAGGUGGAUUCAUUUUCACCAUGACAUUGUUUUUUACUAAAGGUUCACAUUGGUCUUCGUGGGUGUCAUACUUAGUUGCCGCUCUUUUACAGGGUACUUUGUUGUUGUUGUGCAUUUAUUAUGAGUACAUAAAGAAUGAAGGUAUAACAGCAGAAAUUUUAGAAAGACGGGAAGUUGACAGAAAUAUCAUACAAAACCUUGAUGAAGUAAAUGAGGAUGACCAAGAAACUGAUGUUCUUAUUAGAUCUUAA